AUGUCUCCGACCAAGGACAAAGAUGCAAAAAGCAACUAUGAGCCGCCAAAUGAGAAGUCGUGCGAUUUCGAAGGGAAUGCCACACCGGCAUCACAACACUCGCCUAGCAGCGACGAGGACACAAACUAUGCCACCGGUCUUAAGCUCUUCUUCAUAACGCUCGCCUUAUGUCUUGCAGUCUUUCUGAUGGCUCUGGACCAGUCAAUCAUCGCGACUGCUAUCCCCAAAAUCACAAACGACUUUAACAGCUUGGACGAUGUGGGGUGGUAUGGCAGUGCUUACCUGCUGACUACUGCCUCGCUACAAUUGCUGUUUGGGAAGUUUUACACCUUUCUGAACAUCAAAUGGGUGUUCCUGACCGCCAUUGGUAUAUUCGAGCUUGGCAGCUUGAUCUGUGGCGUUGCUCAGAACUCGAUUACGUUUAUCAUCGGCCGUGCUAUCGCUGGCGUUGGCUCGGCCGGAAUGUUCUCCGGUGGCCUUCUGAUCAUUGUCAAAAGCCUGCCUUUGGUCAAGCGACCCCUUUACACUGGUAUAAUUAGCAGUAUGUACGGGAUAGCAUCUGUAGCCGGUCCGCUACUCGGAGGCGUCUUCGCUGACAAGGCUACCUGGCGCUGGUGUUUCUUCAUCAACCUGCCCAUAGGAGCCGUCGCUGUCAUCACCAUCCUUCUCGUUUUUCACCCUCCCAAGACAACACUACACAAGACCGAAUCCCUUGCGGCCCGUAUAAACCACUUCGACCCGAUCGGCACCAUCAUCUUCAUACCCGCCAUUGUCUGCCUGCUUCUCGCCCUUCAAUGGGGCGGCACCACAUAUCCCUGGAGCUCAGGCCGCAUCGUCGCCCUGUUCGUGCUGGCCGGGGUGCUCCUCAUAAUUUUUCUGGGAGUGCAGAUGUGGAAGCAGGAGGACGCCACUGUGCCGCCGCACAUCGUGAAGAAGCGCUCCGUCUGGUCGUCUGCCGUGUUCUCGUUCUGCCUCGGCGCGAGCCAGUUUAUCAUGAUCUAUUACGUGCCGAUCUGGUUCCAGGCCGUGCAGGGCGUUAGCGCUGUUGAGUCUGGCCUUCGUGUCCUGCCCAUGCUGAUAUCCAGCGUUGUGCUGGCUCUUCUAUCUGGCGUGGCGGUGACUCUAAUUGGUUAUUACACACCCUUCAUGAUACUUACUACCAUACUGAUGUCGAUUGGCUCCGGCCUGUCAAGUACUUGGCAGCCCGACACAGGAAGCCCCGUCUGGAUUGGCUACCAGAUUCUUUUCGGAGCCGGGUUUGGCAUGGGGCUGCAGCAGCCUAUGCUGGCGGUGCAGACAGUACUGGACCCGGUCGAUAUAAGUACUGGUUGUGCGCUCAUGACUUUCCUUCAAUCCCUGGGUGGCGCGCUGUUUGUGUCAGUUGGCAAUACCGUGUUUAGCAACCAACUUUUGACGGCUCUGACCAAGUAUGCCCCGGGGGUCAACCCUUUGGCUGUGCUCUCAGCAGGGGCGACAAACUUUCGAGAUGUCCUGCCGAUGGAAUUGCUGCCGGGGGUCAUCUUGGGCUACAACAAUGCUCUGACGAGGACAUUUCUCGUCAGUGCUGGAAUGGCGGCCGCUACCAUCUUUGGCAGUGCGAUUGUAGAGUGGAAGAAUGUGAAAGGGAAGCCAACCAAAAUGGUUCUAGGUUGA